AGAGGAGGCACUAGUUUUGUCGUCUGGGAUUUGCAUUCUUUCUCUGAGUUUCUGCUCCCUCGUCACUUCAAACACAGCAAUUUCUCAAGUUUCAUCAGACAACUCAACACUUACGGUUUUAGAAAGAUAGAAGCAGAGAGAUGGGAGUUUGCAAACGAAGGGUUCCUCUUGGGACAGAGACAUUUACUGAAGAGCAUCAAGAGAAGAGCUUCCUUUGCUUUAUCGUCCUCAUCGAUUCAAGAUCCUUGCAUAGAGCUUCGUAAGGAGAAGCAGUUGCUGUUGAUGGAGCUGGUGAGUCUGAGACAGCAGCAGGAGACCAAUAAAAGCUACAUCAAAGCAAUGGAACAGAGGAUUGAAGGAGCAGAGAAG